AUGAUUAAUAACUUUGAUAGAAAUUGUAAAGUUUGUUCAAAGAUUAUUGUUUCUGGUCAAGAGAGAUACGUUUGUUCGGAAUGUACUGAUCUUACUAUUUGUUUGGAGUGUUAUCCACAUUCAAAUACUCUCUCAGACAUUCACACAGACUCGGCUCCACUUCCGCAUUAUUGUACAAUUGAAAAAUAUACAAAUGAAGAAAUUAUAUCUCUAACAGAAGACCCAGAUUUUUCUACUACCAUUUUAAAUGUGUUCAAAACAUUGCAAAAUAGACGUUGCUUGGGACAUUGGAUUAAUAAUCGUGAUCUCUCUUUAGAUCCUACUGUGGAAUGGUUAACUUAUCAACAAGUAUAUGAAAGAGCUUUAAUGUUUGGUACAACUCUUUUAGAAACUAUUCCUAUUGAAUCUAAAGUUGGUAUUUAUUUGACAAACGUUCCUGAGUGGUAUAUUGUUGAUUUAGCUUGUCUUUGGUAUGGAUUUAUAAUUGUCCCUUAUAAUUAUCAAACAAAUUUAGAAAAUCUAUAUUCAAUUUUGAAUAAUUCUGAAACAAGUGCUAUUAUUGUAGAUAGAAUUUCAUUUCAAAAUCUUUCCUAUCUUUUAGAAACAAAUGAAGAUAUUAAGAAACAGUUAAAACUAAUAGUUCAUUUAGAGGAUACAUUUAACCAAGAUUUAAGAAAUAAGUUACCUUCGAAUAUCUCUUUCAAAUUGUUUUCACAAAUGUUACUAGUAGAAGAAACAAUUCAACCAAAGAAAACAAAUUGUAAAAUUAAAUCAUUAGGCUAUUCUUCUGGCUCCACAGGUAUUCCGAAAGGUGUUGUGUUUAUAAACAAUACUUUAAAGACCUAUGUAAAUGAACAAACAGAUUACUCUACAUUGAUUACAUUAAGUUUUUCAAGUUUAGCACAUGCCCAAAGAUCAUUUGAUUAUGGUAGAUUCAGAUUUGGUGGUAGAGUUGCUUUAUAUUCAGGAAAGAUGGAGCAUAUCUUUGAUUAUAUUAAAAUGACAAGACCCCAUUUAAUCUUUUCUGUCCCUGUAUUUUGGAAAUUUGUGUAUUCAAAUUUUGAAUCUAUUUUGAAAUCAUACAUCUCGGAUCAUCCUCAUUUAUCAAUAGAACAAUGUACAAAAGAUGUAAAGAAACUCCAUAACAAUAUAUUUGGGGACAGAAUUGUUCAUUUGUAUUCAAUUGGCGCACCGCUAAAUUUGUCAGUCUCCAAUUUAAUAAAUGGUAUUAUUGGUAAGCUUACCAUAACCAACUAUUAUGGUACUACUGAAACUCAGUCAAUUGCUUUCAAUGGUAAAGUCGUUCCACACCUUGAAUACAGAUUGGAAUCUGUUCCAGAAUUGGGAUUCACAAUCAAUGAUACACCGUAUCCAAGAGGUGAGAUGAUUGUAAAUACAUCAAACAUCUCUGGUGGAUAUUAUAACAACAAAGAAGCUAAUACUGCUUUUAAAGAUGGAUGGUAUUAUACUGGUGAUAUUGUGGAAGAAUAUGGAACAAGAUCAAUCAGAAUCAUUGAUAGAAAGAAGAAUGCUUUCAAAUUGAGUAAUGGUGAAUUCGUUUGUUGUGAAAUUAUUGAAUCCCUUUAUUCAAACUCUCCACUCAUCAAGAAUAUCUUUGUUUUUGGUAAUAUAAAUCAAUCAUAUUUAGUUGCAAUAGUUGUUCCAUCUCAAAAUGCACUUGACAAGAUUGAUUUAAUUGAUUUUAUUAAAUAUCAAGAUAAUAAUCAAUUGAAAAGAUUGAUUCUUGAGGAAAUUGAUAGAAUAUCUAAAUUGAAUAAGAGUCCACAUUAUGAAAUUCCCAAGAUGAUCUCUCUUGAUAAUACGCAAUGGACAAUCGAAAAUGAACUUUUGACUCCAACUGGUAAAUUUAGUAGACCAAAUCUUUAUAAAUAUUAUAAAGAUGAUAUUGAAUCUAUGUUUCAAACAUUGAAUUCGAUUCAAGAAGGUCUUUCAUCAGAAUCAGAAGAUAAAACAAAUUUGUUGUUUAACUAUCUUAAAUUUGUUUUGGGACUUGAUAUCAAUACACUUUCAGAAGUUGAUUUAUCAAAGUUAUCUUUUUCGCAAAUUGGAGGGGAUUCAAUUGGAGCUGUUAAACUUUCAACUCUUCUCAAAGAUAAAGCGAAAAUAGAUGUUAAACCUCAGCAAAUUUUAGAUAAGAAUGUGAAUUUAAUUGAUAUCUUCAAGAAUAUUAUCAAAAACAAUGAAAUCAAUUGGGAAGAUGAAAUGAAAUUGGAUGAUUCAAUUCAAACCAAUGGAAAAUCAAUGAAAUCAAGUGGAUUUAACAAUAUAUUCUUGACUGGUGCAACUGGAUUCAAUGGUUCAUUCUUAUUGUAUGAUCUCAUUAGAAAUCAAAAUAUUUCAAAAGUAUUUUGUUUGAUAAGAUCAUCAGGUUCACAAUCAGAUGCAAGAAGUAAAUUGGUUGACAUCAUCAGAUUAAAGAAUAAUAUGAUGAUCAAAGAAAAUGAAAUUUCAAAGAUUCAUCCAAUCAUUGGUGAUUUAGAAUUACCAUUAUUCGGAUUGAAUAUCAAUGAAUUCAUUGAUCUUUCAAAUCAAACCGAUCUUAUCAUUCAUAAUGGUGCAUAUGUUCAUUUGAUGAAUCCUUAUUCAAAUAUGAAAAUGGCAAAUGUUAAAGGCACUGAGGAAGUAUUAAGACUAUCUACAAUUGGAGACCAUAUCAUACCAGUUUCACAUAUUUCCUCCAUAGGAACAUUACACCAAUUCAAUCAAGAAAUAGAUGACACUAUAGAACCAGACCUGAAGAACUUGAAUGGAAUGUCAGGAUAUUCGCAAUCAAAAUUAAUUGCGGAGCAACUUAUUCACAUAGCUUUCCAAAGAGGCCUACCAAUCAUUAUGUUCAGACCAGGUGUCAUCUACAGCCAUACAGAGACAGGUGUUGAUAAUUCCAAUGACUACAUCAGAUUGGUUUUGUCUGGAAUAUUAUAUCUUGGAUACUAUCCAGAUCUUUCAGAGGAGAAGAUUAAUCUUUUGAAUCUCGGUCCAGUUGAUUGGAUAUCUUCAUCAAUCAUCAAUAUUUCUUUGAAUAGAUCAUGGAAUGAUGCUGAUGAUAACAAUGAUAAGACACCAACAUUCUUAUUGACUAAUCAGAAAUCAAUCACAUUCAAUGAUUUCUGUUUAUCUAUUUCUAAAAUCCAUCCUUUGAAGAUGACAAGUUUCGACAAUUGGAAAGAUUUACUUUUAGAACAAAAAAACAAUCCUUUGCAUACAAUGUUUAAAGCAUUCAAUCAAAUUAUCCCAACACUUUCACAGUAUCCUAUUGACAACACCAACACAACAAAAGAAAUACUAAAGUGUGGUGGAUAUGCAUGUCCUGAAAUCAACUUUGAUAUCAUUCAAAAAAAUAUUAAACAUAUAUCAAAGAGUGAACAACUCUAUAUAACUAAUUUUAAAACAAAUAAAUAA